ACUCCAAACCCACUCUCACCUUCUGAAUGCUGACAAUAUCUGAAGCAAAUGUCCACCAACCUAUAGAAACCACGCAUCACCACACCACACGGUCCACAAUACUACUCCCUCGCCUUCCUCUCUGGGGCUGGUCUGUUCUGAUCUUAUGCCAGAUUGUUUCCAAGAACUACACAUAUCUCUGGGAGAUCUCUCGGCACAGACCCGUCAAUCCAAAAAGGGAAGCAUUCUCGAGCUACUAGCGCACACGAUGCGCAACAGGUACUGACCAAGAAGCAAGUCGCCUUGUUUAGCUUCCUCUCUCUCGCUUGGAUGGGUAGGCCUAGAGGGAAGGGCAAGAAACCAAUCGAAGAUGCGAAUAACGACGACGAUGGCAGCGGCGGCGAGGAGGUGGCUGUGGCUCCAACCCACAAGAGGAGUGGACGGCCUCAGAAGCCUCUCAAGGAUGACGCUGCCGACGCGGAGAACAUCGCCGCUGAGGUGGAGGAGGACGGAGAUGACAUCGUACUGGUUGUGCCGGGCAAGGAGUCCAAGGGCUCAACUGAGAGUGGAGGGAAGAAGAAGCGGCGGCGGCGGCGGCGGCGGCGGCGGCUGAAGCGUAGCUCCGACGACUCGGCGGAGGAGGGAGUCGAGGAUGACCGUGUGAAGCGGAAAUCGAAUGGGUUCCGGCAGAACGGAAGCCGGCGGAAGAGCACUCCCCGGCGAGCUGCCGAGGCUGGAGUGGAAUGCAAGUGAGCGCGCAUGCAUUGGAUGAUCUACUAGUGUUUUUGUUCCUUGUGUUUUUACUCUUUCUAUUUCAUAGAUCAGGCAUAGAAGAGCCUGUGGUACCUCGAUCUCUAUGAGCAUGUUCAUGUUCUUGCCAUUAUACGCUGGUCGGUGGAUGGCAAGUACUUAUGGCUUGUGUUUAGUCUCCAGACGAGAUUUUAUAUAGCGUGUGUUUGGUUUUUA